AUGACUGUUUCUGGCUUCUCCGCCAAUUUUAGCCCGUCAAAUCAAAUCAAAUUGCAUCAUUAUCAACAUCAACAACAACAUCAAAUUGCACAACGCCCACAUCCAAAGACCCCGCGGAUAUCAAUAUCAAUGUCCUUCGAUCGCCCAAUUCCAGCAUUCUACUGUUGCUACCUCCUGAGAUCUAUAGCGCGCAAAAGUAGUGUUUACGUUGGCUCGACCACAAAUCCAGUCAGACGCCUUCGUCAGCACAAUGGACUGGUCAAGGGCGGCGCCGCGCGGACAGCAAGAGCGAAGUUAAGACCAUGGGAAAUGACCUGUAUUGUCUCUGGUUUCCCAAGUCAGAUUGCUGCACUGCAGUUUGAAUGGGCCUGGCAAAAUUCCCACAUCACACAACACAUCUCCCCAGAGGACAGGAUCCAACAUGCAACGCAAAAGAAAAGAUCUGGCCAGCCAAAGCGGCCCCGUCAGUCAAGUACCUCACUUCUCUCCAACCUACAUCUCCUCCUCCGGUCGCAGUCAUUCUGUCGAUGGCCUCUUGAAAUUCGCUUCUUCUCUGAAGAUGUUUACCAUGCAUGGCUCAAAUGGACCCAGAUGACGACAGAGUCAAUUAGAGGAUCCAUCCGAGUUCUACAGGACUUUCAAACUCCAAAUCCAUUAUUGGGCGAUGAAAACACUGGUAAUCUGAUACCCGCGUUGCCUAUCGAUUACGCAGGCCAAAAAUCUCAUGUUGAGAAAGGGAAAGAUAUCUUUGAUUUUGAGCGUGAAGGCACCUGCGCUGUUUGCCACAAUGAACUCGAACAUCAUAGUGGUAUUUACACCGUCUGCCCGAGUCCAGGAUGUGAAUCUGUCACACAUAUGACGUGCCUAAGCAAUCAUUUUCUGAAGGAAGAAGAUGAUGACCUGGUUCCUAUCAAGGGCCAUUGCCCGAGUUGUAUGGCCGAAUUGAGAUGGGCCGAUGUUGUGAAGGAGGCCAGCCUGCGAAUCAGAGGUCAGAAAGAAGUCCAAAUACUGCUGAAGACAAAAAGAGCGAAGAAACUGAAAGAUAGAACCUCAUCUCAAGCGAUCAUGGAAUCUUCUGAUUUUGCAGAAGACGCGGAUGACGAAGAACUUGAUCUACAUAUCGAAGAUCAGAUGGGAGAAUUACAAGAUUCUGUGUCACAGAAUGACUGGCAUGUCAUUGGUGAUUCGGACGACUCAGCUACGGAAUCGGUUAAUAGUAACUCCUGGCAACCAAAGAACGAUAUGUCGUGUCAGACGGCAAGGAGCCGCGCACUUGAUGCUGUUAUUGAAGAUAGUGACUGGGACGACAUCGAGAUUCUGGAUUGA